AUGCCCGCAACGAUUACCACACACAACACUGGCCAGAUGGCUUCGAACGGAACCGCGCCCCCCGACCCUUUGGACGCAGCGGACUACGACCCGAUCGAUCACCUGAACGCCAUCUUCUCGCACCCCUCCACCCUCUCCUCUGUCUCCGACGUAUCCCUCCAAUUGCGGGAAUAUGAAGCCGAGCUCGACACCGAGAUUGGCGCCCUGGUCGAGGACCAGGUUACAUCCAAUGCGGAAAGCGUCCAGCGCAUUCAGACCGCUAAGGCCGAUUUGACAGAGCUGUUCAAGAAGAUUGACGAUGUGCGCGACCGUGCAUCCAAGACGGAGCAGUCCAUCACGGAGAUGACGGCCGAUAUCAAACAGCUGGACAAUGCGAAGAAGAACCUUACACAGUCCAUGACGGCAUUGAAGAGGCUUCAGAUGCUGACUACCGCGUACGACCAGCUACGUGUCCUGAGCCGCACGCGGCAGUACCGGGACUGUGCCCAGCUGCUGCAGGCUGUGAUUCAGCUCGUGGCGCACUUCAAGUCAUAUCGGUCGAUUGAUCAGAUCGCUCUUCUGAGCAGGAAUGUGGCGGAUAUACAAAGGGACCUGUUGGAGCAGAUAUGUGAGGACUUUGAGCUGGCAUUCGCCAAGGGUGAAGUUGGCCAACGGAAGACUGCUCUUGCGGAGGGGUGUUCGGUCAUGGAUGCGCUUGGAGAGCAUGCAAAGACAAGGGUCGUGAAUUGGUACUGCAACUUCCAAUUGCGCGAAUAUCGACAGGUUUUCCGUAAUAAUGAAGAGGCAGGCUCGCUGGACAACAUCUCGCGCAGAUACUCAUGGUUUCGGCGGAUACUGCGAAUAUACGACGAGGAGUAUGCGGCCAUCUUCCCGACCUCUUGGAGAGUGGAUGAGACGCUCGCAAAUGUGUUCUGCGAGGGGACGAGAGAUGACUUCAAAGGGAUCCUAUCCCGGUCCGCGCGCAGUGGUCAGACAAUCGAUGUCAACCUGUUGCUCUCAUGCCUACAGGAGACGCUUGACUUUGAGCAUUCACUUGAACGACGUUUCUCAAUCCCCUCUCGGCCGUCUACGGAUACAUUUGCCUCAGCGGAAACGCCUGUAUUCGGUCAAGCCAUCUCCGAAGCCUUUGAGCCUUAUCUCAGUGUAUGGGUAAAUGCUCAGGACAAGCAGCUAGCCGCGCUCAUACCGAAAUACCGUCAACAGCCGUUAAAACCUCCUGGGGAGGAGUUCGACUCGAAUUCGGUUAUUUCCUCCUCCAUGGAGCUUUUCACAUUUUACAGACACUCACUACAGCAAUGUGCGAAACUCUCUACGGGUGUAAGCCUUGCAGACUUGUCAAAAGUCUUUGCAAAGUACCUCGAUCAAUACGCACAACAAGUCCUGCUCUAUUAUAUCAGUGACCAACCGACUAUGCAUAGCCCGCUAGGUGUACCUUCGCUAGAGGACUACAUCGCCGUACUCAAUACCGCGGAUUACUGCUACACCACGUGUAACCAGCUGGAGGAGAAGAUAAAGGGCCGCAUCGACAAGAAUUUGAAGCAGUCAGUCGACCUGCAAAGCCAAGCGGACUCGUUCAUGGGAAUUGCAUCUGCUGCUGUUCGCGGUCUUGUCCGCAAAGUCGAAACCGAGCUGGAACCCUGCUGGCGGGAGAUGCGCAACAUGCCGUGGAGCAGGCUAGAAAGCGUGAGCGACCAGAGUCCCUAUGUCGGCGAAGUAUUGUCGAAGACUAGCACGAAAUCGGGCGAAAUUCUGCAAUUGAUCCAUAAACAACAAUACGCCAGAGCUUUCGCAGACCACAUCGUGGAGUUCGUCUCGAACAUUUUCCUGCAAAACAUCUUCCAGUGCAAACCCGUCUCGGAGACGGGCGCUGAGCAGAUGCUUCUAGACACAUACACCCUAAAAACCGGCCUUUCAUCCCUCUUACCUGCCCCUGCCCCUGCCAGCUUCGUCAAACGCGUAAACAACAGCUUCGCAAAGAUCGAGACCCUUCUGAAAACUCUGCAAGUCCAACCCUCACCCCCCGAAGCCCUUGUACAAGCCUACCUCAUCCACAUCGCCGAUCGCAGCAACGUAAACUUUCGCAAAAUCCUCGACCUCAAGGGAAUCCGCAGCCGGCAGGAACAGAACCACCUCGUCGAAUUGUUCCAGGUCCACCGCACCUCUGACCGCUACGCGUCUAAUAUCCAGGAGAGUAAUCCUAUACUCGCCGCCUUCCAGACAUCAUCCACUUCCUCCUCAGCAUCUGUCUCACAGGGUCUCGGGCUCGCGAAUCUGGGCACCUCAGCUGUCUCCGCGUCGAAUCUACCUAGCCGAUUCGACGCAUCUACGCUCGGAUCAGCACUCAUCUCUGCUGCGAGAGAUGGCGUUGAUAGACUCGGUACGCCCAUGAAUUCGUCGAAUACACCGGUCAACCCCACUGCCGGUGGCGCGGGUACUUCAUUGUCUCCGGUAACGACACCAGGGCCUUCUGUGCACACGCAAAGUCAAGUCGGCGACGUCGGCUCGAAUUUAAAUGAGAAUUUGAAAAACCUUGGAAAGUUCUUCCGUAGGGAUUUGGGGUUUGGGGGGAGGUUCGGGAGGGGUGGGGAUGAUGGGUGA